AUGACCAUGCUGGGCUCAAGAAGUUUGUUGUCGUUGUCCCUCUUGCGCUCCUGUUUGCAGACCUUGAGGAUGUCUAGCAUGUUUCGCGCCGCGCUCAUGCUGGGAGCAGCAGCCGCCACAAAUGCAACCCAUCCGGUGACGAUCACGAACUGCGGUGUGCAAAACACCAUAGCCACUGCGCCAUCUCGCAUCAUCACCUUGAAUCAGGGAGCAACAGAGCUCUUGCUUGGCAUGGGACUUGCAAGCAGCAUGGUGGGCACCGCCUACCUUGAUGAUUCUAUGUGGCCACGGUAUGCAGCCGCGUACUCCCAGAUCCCAGUCCUGUCUUCUGGCUACCCCAACGAGACCCACCUCAUGUCUUAUAACCCAGACUUCCUCGUGGCUUCAUACAACUCGGCAUUCCGCGCCCAAUACACUCGUUCGAACGGGCGGGUGUCGGGCAUCUUCACUGAUGCGACUGUCGGGCCAUGUGCCGGGUUCGGCUCUGACUGGGGUCAGGACUGGACUACCUGCCGCCCCCAGUUGCACGCAGCUGGCAUUGGCACUUACGUCUUCGAGGACAGCUGUGAAGACACCUCCUUGCGCCCGGCCACGGUCACGGAAGACAUCGUCUACGACGAGAUGCGGACGCUGGGAUCAGUGUUUGGCGUCGACGUCGAGCCCAUGAUCACCGACAUGAAGGCAGACUUUGAUCAAGCUGCGGCCCUGGUGUCUUCGGGGAUGCACGGGUCGCCAUUGAAGAGCGUAUGGCUGGACUGCACCGACUGCUGCGACACGGAGCCGGGUGAGGAGGAGCAGGUUUUCGUGGGUGGUGGCGCUGGAGCACCCAACCUGCUGAUGCAGGAGGGCGGCCUCAGCAACGUUUUUGCUGACCGCGCCGGCAACUGGGCCUGCGUCAACGUGAGUGACAUCAUCGCCGCGGCGCCGGAUGUCAUCGUCGUGGUCGAUGCUUCGUGGGACAGUGCCAUCGACAAGAUCAAGUGGAUGUACAACGAUGCAGAGUUCUGCAAGCUCGAGGUCCUCAGGGCAGCUCGCUUCGUGUCCAUUCCCUUCAGCGCCAGCACCUUGGGCCCUCGCAAUGGUCCAGCAGCCCUCGAUCUGGCCAUGGCAGCCUUACACGUCCGCACCGGCUCACAAACGGCCACGCAGGAGUCUGGGGUGGGGUCCUUCAGCCCUUUCUUCCUCCAAGCUCAGACCUCCUGUCAGCUCUGCCCAUUGAGCGUGGCCCACGUGAUCUACGACGACACCUCCGGCACCACCUACGACCCUCUGUGCACGACCACCACGACAACCACCACUACCACAACCAACAUGCCCAACAACGAGGUUUCUCAGGCCGGCCUGGCCUGCCUUUCGAGUUUUGUUGCCGCCCUUGGGGCGCUGCCCUUGUUUGCAUGA